CGCGAUCUUCAGCGCGCAUCGAUUCUCACUGUUCGCCUUAUCCGUCUCAAGCCACUCCUCUGAGUUCGCAAACUUCUAAGCUAUCUCCUUGCAGUUCUGCAUCGCAAGUCAUGUCUGCCAGUCCGCUGAGGAUAGCUGAGUUCCUUAGUCCACAAGAUUUACCGCAAGUCUAUUCUCACCCUGCACAAACUAUAGACCUCAUGGAAUCAGGAAGUGGAUCGCCAUUGACAACACUGAUGAAGGCUGAGUCGAAGUUAUAUACAACUUUAACUCUUGGAUGGGAUCCAGAAUAUGACAUUACUCAAACCAUGGAAUCUCCACAAGAUCAUCCUGAAGAUUCAGAAACUUAUGAUGGUCAGAGUAUACAUCCGACAACACAGAGCAUCA